AUGCAGUCACGCCGCAUACGGCGAAAUGAUUUGUCUAUCCCGGGGUAUGGAGCGGAACUAUCUAGGGGAUCAGUGUCUCAGGAAUCGAGAGUGAACCACUCAAAGCCUUCGUGGCCACCGGGCUGGUCCCUCGUGCCUCCCACCCCCAUGCGAUGGCCAACGCAGAGAGAAACCUGGCGAACAAUGGCAGCAAGAUGCGAUGGGAAUGAUUUCAGCCAUUUGCUGGCAGACGGUUGUCGCAGCAGGUCGAGAAUGUGCUCUCGCGGUAGCGUAGCCAGCCAGAAGCGGCAUGUCAUCAGCGCACGCAGAGACUGCCCAGGUGCCGUAUUGACCGCCAGCGGAGCGCCAGCGGAAGAAUGCAACAUGCUCGUGAUGACAAUCGCGGAAGCAGAUGUUGGCGCAAACGGAGAACGGCUCGCAUUUGGAGACAGGGCUGCCCCAGGUUCUUCAGAAACAUGGUGA